AUGGCCACCAGCUCCCAUUGCAGCCAUGAUCCAACCAGCACCAGGCGGAAAUCGAGUGCCAAUUCUACCCACAGUCUAGCCUCGGCCCAUGGACCCAACUUCGUUGCUGGAGAUCUUGCCCAAUACUACGCAACUUACUCCAUCACCAAUGCUCACCUUCUUGAAUUACCCAAGGGCUAUCCUGGACUCAAGUACCCCGACAUCCUUUACCGUCUGUUCCAGAGGGUUGGCGUCAAACUCCUGUCCAUCACUUCCCCCGAAUACGAUCCAGAUACUAGUACCAAUAAUCAUCAAAUUAGGGUAUGUGCCAAGGACAGCAGAACCUUGCUCGCAGCUAUAACCGCACUGAGGGAAAUGGGCCUACCGUUUAAGGAGCUGGACGACAUCAAGCUGUCCGAAAUUCAUUCCUUAGAGGAUACGAUCCAUGCUGUCAACGACUCGGGACGUGCGAGACCAGACGAUAAGGACAACCGUCAACCGCAUAACGGUCAAAUGCCCGACCCUGUCGGAGGGUUCCAAGGACUUCAUAGCAAGGCCCUGACUAAGUCUCAGCAGGCGGUCUCAGAUAAUCCCUGGCUCACAGCUGAUUACGAUGUCUUUACCGGCCGGUCACGUUCUAGGAGCAUUCCUGGGCCAAGUUCCUUCAUGUCCGCAGAGGUUCGCGAGGAACAUGGAAUGACAGUACUGUCACGCCUCUUGAAAUCUAGUAUCAGGUUGAAAUCUCCCCAGCAACUGGAACCCGACUCUCAGCAGAGCUGUGUUAGCAGCACCCAGGGCAUGGAUGACUACCAGGUUCCUCCUCCGACCCCGUCCCCGUCCAAGGCCCUCGGAAUUACGGUUCGAUCUGUUAGCGAUGAAUAUCCAACUAUUGCUAGAUACAUGAAGAUGCACGGCAAGCAUCCCACUGACGAAGGCGCCAGUACCACGGCAGUCAGGGGCAACAAUGAAUGGAAUAGGACGGGACACCCGGAUAGCACUGCCCAGACCAAAGAGAAAUAUUGUGUUCCCCAGCGCCGUAUGAGUGAUCACCGAGGGCGUCCAAUGCUUCGAAUCGAUACGGCUAUCGCUACCACGAACGCACAACCCGCCACCGCGCCAGCCAGGCCCACUGAAUCUCACGCAUCAACAACUUCUCCAGCUGCCACCGUGGUCCAGACGUGGGGGCCUUAUUCCGGUGAAAAGGAAGGCUCUAUGAAUCUGGAUAAUCUCGACGAGGCUAUGUUUCGAGCAUUUGGACAGGGCGGAGGAUACCACCUUGCUGGAGUUCCCGGCACUGGUGGAGUUUCUAGCACUGGUGGAGGAGGAUUUAAGGCAGCUUCUGGUGUUCGCCCCAGCCAGAAUUCGACCUACGCUACGGUCCCAGCUGAAAACCCAGUCGGAGCUGGCUCUUCUGCGACUGGUUCAGCUUUCCCAGUUCGUUUCCAACCGGCCAGCCCUGACCACUCAGCUCAUCAACGUCAACCCAGCUACCGCUAUCCUCCUAACGAACAAGGCAUUCCAGUUUAUUUGAAGGAGAACUACAACCCUCGCUUCGAAACCACCGCAGAUGCCGAACAAGGCUACCGGGGCUAUGGAUACGGCGGAUAUCCCACUCAGUCUCCGGCACGUUUCCCGAGGACUGGAUACCAGGGAGUUGCGCGCCCACCUGUCUCGAGGGGCCUUCCGGUUGAGACAACGAGCGUUUACACCAUUCAGCAGCAACCAGUUCAGACGGAAGUCUACAUGAAGGACUUUGGUGCAGAAGGCAGCUACUCAUAUUAUCUCAAGCCCAUCCCGUUGACGGGUCCACGUUUUAUUAGGUAGCCGGAUCCACUCUGAUAUGACCUGGAGCGGUGCCUAGAUCCUGUUUAUUUGCUUUUGAUGGAGUUUUCCAUCAGUGAUUGACUAUGCGCUGUGUCUUUUCCUUUUCAUGACGAUUGCUUUCUAUGUACACCUACGAUUCAUGCGUUUGAUAUUUCAUUUGAUAGGGGCUCCGGCGUUUGGACUUAUGAGCUCGGCGGAUUUGCGUUUUCUCUCCUUUUUAUUUUUAUUUUUACUUGAUUUGCGAGGGCUGAAAAGCAUUGGGAUGGG